AUGAGGACUCUUCGAUCAGAGUCAAAAAUGAACGGCAACAAGUUCAGCAACACCUUUAAAGAAGCCAUUAACCUUGAUGACGACGAUUUCGUGAACAUUCAUUCAGGAGGUUCUAGUGUGGUGAUGCUUAGCAGGGAACCAUUAGCAAAAAAGAAGGUGAAAACGAGAUUUGAACAAGGCGAAUCAAGUGUUAGUGUAAGUAAGAAAAAGAAAAGGAAAGAUGAACAUUAUGAAGAUAGUGAAGCUGAUGUUGAUGUUAAUGUAAGAAGAAGUGGUAGGAAAAAAACUAAAGUCUUAAAAAUUGAAGUUUCAAAGGAAGAUGAUAAGAAGAAAGGAAUGAAGAAAAGAAAAACGAAAAGAAAGAAUGUUGUAGAAAAUGAAGAUGCAGAUGUUGAGGACGACAAAACACAGGAGUUGCAAAAAAUAAGUUGUCGUAUGUCCCCAAAAUCAAUGUAUAUGGCGGUGAAGGGAAUGUCAUACAGCCAGAAAGAAAUGCUUACGUAUGCGGACAAAGUAGUUUUGAAUGGUUAUAAUCUCUGCAGAUCAAGGCCAUUGAUAAAUCAGAUUGACUCAGUGGAUUUGGAAAUGUUGGAGGAGCAUGGAUUGAGAAAUGGAGAAUUUGGAACCUUGGAGUUUCGUGCAGAUGGGGAAGUGGAUCCUAUUGAUGUAAAUGGUGAUGAGGAUAAGGUGGUAGAUGUGGAAUCAAUUGAAAAGAUAUAUAGUAGGAUCUGUGAUGAUAAGGAAAAAAUUGAAGAAGCAAUUAAGAAGCGGUUAGAAGAGGAUGCAAAUGAUGAUGUGGUAAAAGAGUGGUUACGAAAGGUGCGAAAACUUUUUAAUGAAAAGAAUGUGGAACAUGUAGAUAAUAUCUCUCCCACAAAUGAAGUGACAAUGAAAACGCCCGUUAAAGUUGCAGUCAAUCCUGGGCAAAGAAAUACAUCAUUGGAUAGUCCAGUUGUUCUGACUCCUGGUUUUUUGAGUAUGUCUGAUGAGAUUGUGGAACGGAGCAUGAGAAAGAACAAGGAUUUUUGCAAAGAUGACAUACCAUCGUUCUAUUUGAGAAUAACACAAUUGAAUGAGGAAGAUAAGAGUAUGGAUGUUAAAGAAGGAAGCAAGCCAGUAAUUAGAUAUACAAAAAAAUCUAUAGCGGAAGACAAACUGAAAAAAAGAACUGGAAAAGAUAUUAUGGAAAGAGAAAUGGUGCAUGUUGAUGAGUUGAAAAAUGGGAAAGGUAAAAGGAAGGGGAAACUUGGACAAUUGGUGUGUUCACCAUAUGUAGAUCGGAUAACAGAUGUGGAUAAGGCGGUUAAAGAUGAUGAAAACGUUGUGGCUCAAAGCAUAAUAGCUUGGGGGAAAGAUAAAGGGGAAUUUAUAUGGGAAACUGUUGAUGGUCAUGGAAUGCAUUUGGAAGCUGCACGUACGUUAGCUAUGAGAAAAAAAGUGCAUACCAAUGUAAUAGACGCGUGGGCUGCUUUCCUUAAUAAAACUGAAGAACUGAAGUCUGAGGCUUCUUACUCUAGGAUGUACUUCACAUGCGAUACGAUUACAGAUUACAUGGUUGAUGAAGCUGUAGAUGAGGAGCUAAGGUACAAUAAAUUCAGAAUUAUGUUUGUAGCUGUGAUUAAUGACAUAACGGACAAACCAGAUUUGAAAACGGUGGACUUGGUUUUCAUACCAAUUGUUGUUGAUGAAAGUUACUACCUAGUGUGUUUUUGCUUGAAAAGGGUUGCAUUUUAUAUAUUUGAUCACAUCAAGAGGUCCGGGACAACUGAGUCUGCAUAUGGGAAUAGACCACGUAUCCUGAAAACAUUCUUGAAGCAUUAUGCAGCUGUUAAAAAAAUGGAUAGGUUUGAAAGGAUGAAGGUGAUUGAAGAAAAGAAGAAGGAAAUCGCAGGUGUGCUGCAGUAG